UCCUCAAGCCUGUCGCUCUAAAACCUCUUGGAAUCCCCUGACUGAUCAUCCGGAAGCUUUGUCAAAAUACAGUCUCACCACUCCUGUGCGACUUCAGAGCUUCUCGUUCCUCCUUAGUCACCAGUCCGCUCUUUAACCUUCUCUCCAGUUCUUUCACUCCUCGCGGUUCUCUCCUCGCGCGAUCUAAACCCGUGCCUCCGAAAGUCUCAACCCCGCUCACGCGCCACAGAUCCCCGCGCGAUCACCCGCAAAUCCCGCGACACCAUGAGCGGAAACGGAAACGGGGUCGUCGCGACCUACAAUGCAGAGGCGGGCGGCGCUGGCACGUUCUCGGUGAAGGCGGGGCUCGCGCAGAUGCUCAAGGGCGGCGUGAUCAUGGACGUGGUCAACGUCGAGCAAGCGCGCAUCGCGGAGGAGGCGGGCGCCGUCGCAGUGAUGGCGCUCGAGCGGGUGCCCGCCGACAUCCGCGCGCAGGGCGGCGUGGCGCGCAUGAGCGAUCCGGAGAUGAUUAAGGAGAUCAAGAAGGCCGUCACCAUCCCUGUUAUGGCUAAGGCGCGCAUCGGCCACUUCGUGGAGGCGCAGAUCCUUGAGGCGAUCGGCGUGGAUUACAUUGACGAGUCGGAGGUGCUCACGCCCGCGGACGACGUGAACCACAUCAACAAGCACCGCUUCGCCGUGCCCUUCGUCUGCGGCUGCCGCAACCUGGGGGAGGCCCUCCGCCGCGUGGCGGAAGGCGCGGCCAUGAUCCGCACCAAGGGGGAGGCGGGCACGGGGGAUGUCAUCGAGGCUGUGAGGCACGUCCGAUCCGUGCAAGGGGAGAUCCGACGGCUCAAGGCGCUUGACGAGGACGAGCUCUAUGUGUUUGCGAAGGAGCUGCGCGCGCCGCUGGAUCUGGUGAAGCAGACGCGGGAGCUGGGGAGGCUGCCGGUGGUCAACUUCGCGGCGGGCGGCGUGGCCACGCCCGCGGACGCCGCCAUGAUGAUGCAGCUGGGGUGUGACGGCGUCUUCGUGGGCUCGGGCAUUUUCAAGAGUGGGGACCCAGCAAAGCGUGCGCGCGCCAUUGUGCAGGCUGUCACACAUUACACUGAUCCUAAGGUGGUAGCAGAGGUGAGCUGUGGGUUGGGAGAGGCAAUGGUGGGGAUUAACUGCUCGUUUGACAUCAAGGAGCGAUAUGCUGCACGCUCCGAAUAAACCAAGGGAAUAAUCAUUUUUCUACUUGGCCUGUGUAGUUAGUGCUCUCGGAAUUUGGGAAGUCUAUUGGAGUCGGGAAGGGCUGUGUCACGUUUUCUGAAUGAAUGAGAAAUACAGCAAGAAUGUAUGUUUUCCUUCUGAAUGUCUGAAUGUUUCCAAG